AUGAAAGGUGGAUUCACCCCGCUAAAUACGAUUGGAUCAACAGAACCACCAAAUUUCAAACGACGAAAUCCAAAUAAUUCUAAACAACAACACCAACACCAACACUAUUCCAAACGUUUCGUCAACACUCCGAAGACAACAACACCGCCUCGCAGAUUACCACAUCUUCAAAGAAGAACUUAUCCAUCGCCGGUAAAGGAAAAUAGCCCAUCUUUGAGUGAACUUGGUGAUUCAACUUCACUCUUUGAUUCGUCCCUUGAGAUCAUCGGCCAAGCGUCCAAUACAAGUUCAGCAAAGAAAGGCACCGUGAUUGUGCUUGAUACUACAAAAUACGACAGAUACACCGUUUUCAAGGAAAACAGAAUGGUCAAGGAAAGAUCUCCAGCAAAGAUGCAGGUACCGUUACGACCAGAAGAACCCAAUGAUCAAUAUCGACCCUCCCAAAGCAAUGCCGCAAACCAUCUAUCCAGUAUUCCUAGAUUUGGAGAACCUAUGCUUCCACAAUCUCCACUGAAUCGUAAAUCUCGAGAACAAUACUCUGAAUUGUUCGUUCAACCAAAAUCCCGUCCUGAAUUUCAUAGAGAGCCAGAAAGAUAUGCACAUCCCCAUUUGCACGCAGCGAAAGAUGCUGCUCGAAAGAUCCUCAACCCUCUUAUGCCACGGGCUCCAGCCGACUAUCACCAGCCAGCAAUUCAUGCACCUAUUCCCGGCUCCUCAUCAUAUUCAACCACUCACCCUGCACCGGCACCAAUAUUCGGUUCCCUACCAAACAGUCAUGCAGGGUUUCAAUCCGUAAAUACUUAUACGUCUAACAACUACGUGGAUGUUGCCAUGCCUAAGCAGACAUACAAUGAGCCAUACACCUACGUUGACCCUGCAAAAGCACAAGAAGAUCUGAAAGCACUUCUAGAGGGUGUUAUUGAGGACGAGGAGGACGAAAAACCUAGAACCAGAUCACGCAGAAAGAAGAAGGUCGCAGAAGUGGAUGACUUGAUGGCGAAGAUGAAUGGGCUAAAUGUCGAAGCGGACGAAAAGCUCGAAGUUGCCUCGGAAGAUGAGGAGAAUGAAGACGAUGGGACUGUCGAAGGGGUCAAUGUCAAAUUACUUCCACAUCAAGUUGAAGGUUUGGAGUGGAUGAUUGGACGAGAAAUCGGCACCGGAAAGAAAGGCAUGGUACCCAAAGGUGGCAUUCUUGCCGACGAUAUGGGUUUGGGAAAAACAUUACAAUCGAUUGCGCUCAUUUUGGGCAAUCCCAAGCCAUCAAGUUCAGACGAAACCCACAGUAAACGCAAAUUACCUUUCGGCCUGGACAAAUGUACCUUGGUUGUUGCACCUCUUGCCCUCAUUCGACAAUGGGAAGCCGAAAUCAAGGACAAGGUUGAAAGUGAGCACUCCCUUCGCGUGUGUGUCCAUCAUGGCCCUCAACGUACAAAACGAUUCCAGGAUCUCAGGAAAUUUGAUGUCGUCAUCACAACUUAUCAGAUUCUUGUUUCAGAAUGGGGCAAUUCGUCCAAGGACGAUGAUGAUGAAGGUAUCAAGGUCGGAUGUUUUGGUAUACAGUGGUACAGAGUUAUUCUUGACGAAGCCCAUACAAUCAAAAAUCGAAAUGCCAAAGCUACACAAGCAUGUUAUGCUCUUCGGAGUCACUACCGUUGGUGCCUGACAGGAACACCCAUGCAAAACAACCUAGAUGAAUUGCAAAGUCUGAUCAAGUUUUUGAGAAUCAAACCAUUCGACAAUCUCAAGGAGUGGAAGGACCAAAUCGAUCGACCGAUGAAAAAUGGCAGAGGUGAUGUUGCAAUCAAGCGUCUUCGUCACUACUUGCAAAUCUUCAUGAAGCGACGCACUAAAGAGAUUUUGAAAAAGGAUGGAGCCCUUAACCCUGGAGGGAAACCAUCCGUUGCGGGACAAGGCAAUUCAAUGGGUUUCAAGGUCGUCGAACGUAAAAUUGAGAAAGUCUUUGCAGAAUUCUCACCCGAAGAGCGCAGAUUCUAUGAAAGAUUGGAACAACGUACCGAUGCCAGUAUCGAAGAGAUGAUGGAUGGAAGAAAAGUCAACUACGCAAGUGCAUUGGUAUUGCUUUUGCGUCUGAGACAAGCUUGUAAUCAUCCAAAGCUCGUAGGAAGUAAAUUGGGAAAAGAUACCGAUGCUCUCUCAGCCGAGACCAGCAAUCUCAAAUCAAAAUCAACAACGGAUGUCGAUGAUAUGGCAGAUAUGUUUGGGUCGUUGGGUGUAGGCUCCAAGAAAUGUGAGGUGUGCCAGAUUGAGCUUGGUAAAGAAGCUAUUUCACAAGGUGCCAUUCGUUGUUUGGAUUGCGAAGCAGAUUUGGAUGAAAUAUCUGGAAAGAAGCUAAGCCCAACGAAGAAGACGAAGGAGAAGAAGAGUAAGAAGAUUAAGAAGAGCAAGAAACAAAAGGAGCCUAAAGCCGCCCCACCUCGUAAGCCUAGGAAUAGGAAUAUUAUCGAGGAUAGUGAUGAUGAGGAAGAACAAGGCGAAUGGCUUGUUGAAGAUAAUAAACGCGGUGUUCCUACUCUCGGGAAGGCCGGUGGUAAAGAAGAUGAGAACUGUGAAGGAGGCGGCGAGUGGCUUGGUUCGGACCAUGACGAUGAUCUUGAUGAUUCUUUCCCUGAUAUCAAAGAUAUUGGCAAGAAGAAGGUCAUAAAUCUUGAUGACUCCGACGAAGAGGAUGUUGAAGAAUCUGUCGAGGAAUCAGACGAGGACGAGACCUCCGAAGAGGAAUCUGAUGUUGAAGAUGAAUUUGGUUCCGACGAAGAGGCCGAGCUUUCCAGAGUUGCUGCAUCUACUAAGAUUACACAUCUGAUGAAAAUCCUCGGAAAAGAAGCAGCUCAGCAUAAAUUCAUCGUCUUUUCACAGUUCACUUCAAUGUUGGAUCUUAUCGAGCCAUUCUUACGCCAAAAAGGUUUCAAAUAUACUCGAUAUGAUGGUAGUAUGAAGAACGACCUUCGUGAGGCCAGUUUGGAAAGACUUCGUAGCGACAAGAACUGUAGAGUCUUACUUUGUAGUUUGAAGUGUGGUUCUCUAGGACUUAAUCUUACCGCUGCUACUCGUGUAGUCAUUCUUGAGCCAUUCUGGAACCCCUUCGUCGAGGAACAAGCCAUCGAUCGUGUACAUCGCCUCACGCAGAAAAUCGACGUCAUUGUCUAUAAGAUUACCAUCAAGGAUACGGUUGAAGAGCGAAUUCUCCUUCUCCAAGAAAAGAAACGAGAGCUUGCAAAUCAAACUAUCGAAGGUGGUAAAGGUGGUGCUGGUAAACUAGGCAUGAAGGAAAUUCUUCAAUUGUUCAGAAGAGAUGCUGAACAUGCUCCACCUGCUGCCGGUAGUGGUGCGUAUGAUUUGGGUGCGAAACCAAGAAUCUUGAAGGAGUCCGCGAGUAGAAGUCCUAGUAAGAGUGCGGUAACUUUGGAUAGCGUCGGUUCACAAAUUGUAUCGGCGCCGAGGAAGAUUUCACCAAUUCCUUUUCAAGCCAGAAAGGUGGAAGAUUCGGUUUAUGGUAGAAGAUGGUGA